AUGUUACGACAAUUAUUUGGUAAAAAUAUUGUUUCUAAAUAUCAUACUCAAACAUUCAAAUCUAUUUAUAAUACAGUUCAACAACAAUCACAACAAAAUGCUCAAAAACCUUUAACAAGCCUUAAAGAGAUCAAUGGUUGGAUUAAAUCGAUUCGAUUGUUUAAGAAUAUUUGUUUUAUUGAUAUCAAUGAUGGUACGAUAAAUUCUUCUUUAAAAAUUGUUAUUCCUGAAUUAGUUUCAUAUGAGAAUUCAAUCAAGUUUUUAAAAGAUUUAAAAGUAGGCCAAAGCAUAUCUAUAAAGGAUUUACUGAUCCAAUUGACACCCACAAAAGCACAACAACCUUUUGAAUUGAAAUUGUUGAAUGAUCCCACAAAGUCCAUUAAUAUAUUGGGAGGUAUCCCUGCUGGUGAAGAUUUCCCAUUACAAAAAAAGAAUCAUACCAUGGCAUUUUUAAACAGUUUACCCACACUAAAAUUUAAAUCUAAUUAUUUAAAUAAUCUUUUGAAGUUUCGGUCAUUCGUUGAUACACAAUUAAUUAAUUUUUUUAACAAAAAUGAUUUCAUAAAGACCACCCCACCAAUUUUAACCUCUAAUGAUUGUGAAGGUGGAGGUGAUUUAUUUACUAUUAAGGAUUCGGAAAAAUAUUUCAAUAAGUCUACUUAUUUAACUGUAUCGACUCAAUUACAUCUAGAAAUCUUGGCAUUAUCAUUAAAUAGAUGUUUUACAAUCUCUCCAUGCUUUAGAGCAGAAAGAAGUAACACUACAAGACACUUAUGUGAAUUUUGGAUGCUUGAAGCAGAAUUAUGUUUUACUAAAGAUUUAAACGAAGUGAUGGAUCUUGUUGAGAAUAUGAUCAGAUCCAUCGUCAAUGAAGCACUAAAAAACGAACAAUCACUAUUGCCAAAUUAUUAUCCUGGAGAUGUAUUGAAUAAAGAACAAAUCUUAGAAAGAUGGCAAUCGUUAACUAAUCCAGCUAGUUGGCCAAGAAUCACAUAUUCAGAUACUAUCCGCCUUUUGCUGAAACAACAUAUGAAAGAACCGUUUACUAAUGGUAUUAUUCCUUCAUGGGGGAUGGACUUAUCGACAGAACAUGAGAAGUGGAUAUCAGGUAAAUAUUUCCAAUCACCUGUCUUCAUUACUGAUUAUCCUAAAUCUCUGAAACCAUUUUAUAUGAAACAAAAUCCACCUUCUGAAUUCAAGAUUCAGGAUAAUCAAGGUAAUAUCCAACAAACUCAAAUUCAAAAUACAGUAGCAUGUUUUGAUCUAUUAGUACCAGAGAUUGGAGAAAUAGUUGGCGGAUCUUUAAGGGAAGAUAACUAUAAGGUACUUGCUGAUGAGAUGAAACUAAGAAACAUGAAUAAGGACAGCAAUUUAGACUGGUACUUGGACACAAGACGCUAUGGAUCUGUACCUCAUGGUGGGUUUGGCCUAGGAAUGGAGAGACUGCUUACAUAUCUCUAUGGUAAUACAAAUAUAAGAGAAGCCAUCCCAUUUGCCAGGAGUGCUUCUGACAACAUCCAAUUGUAA